AUGAAAGUACUGGAACCCCUUCCAUCUAGGCAGACGGACAACAAGAUCGUCCAUCAGCAACAACCACCACCGAAACCGAAAGCUUCAGCAAUCAAGGCAAGCUACAAUUCGAUUCAAUCGUCAGGAGGAAGAUGUGUGGCUUGUAAGGACAACCACCUUCUAUGCCAAUGUUCCGCAUUCCAAAGACUUUCUGUGGCGAAUCGGGAUUCUCUUCUGAAAUCUCAGGGACUUUGCCGGAAUUGCUUUCGAUCGGGGCAUCAGGCAAAGGAUUGCCAAUCCAAAUUUUCCUGUCGGAUCUGCAAGAACCGUCAUCACACCCUGGUUUGCUUCAAGUCGGAGAAGGAUCACACUGUAACGGUCGCAGCGAUUGCUGGAGGCAAUCAUUCUUCAAAUUCCAAGGAAUCCCAAGGCUCCUCAGGUUCCAAUUCAAUCGAACUGGCUAACGUGGCAGCCACUGACGUUUCGGUAUACGGACAAGGGGAUGCCAAGGUCAAACAUACAGUCCAAGCGGUCAUACGUUCGCGAAUCUCGGAUUUCUCGCGAGAUAUGAGGUUUUUGGUGCUACCCAAGGUGACUGCGAAUCUCCCUACAACCUCAAUCAACACGGAAGAGUGGAUUCUACCGAAUGGAAUUGAGCUAGCGGAUCCUGGAUUCUUCACGUACAAGGAAGUUGACAUUGUGCUAAGCAUCGAGGCUUUCUUCGAAUUCUUCGAAUCGGGGCGAAGGAUUACAAUCGGCAAACAUCUACCAAGCCUUACAGACUCGGUGUUCGGAUGGGUAGUAUGUGGUGGCUGUUCAACUCCUAUCAAUUCUCUACAAGUCAACUGCCAUUUCUCAACGUCCGAGGACUUAGAAAAGUUGAUGGCACGUUUCUGGUCGUGCGAGGAGGUGGAAGGUGAAGAAUUAUUUCAACGUGGAGUUCAAAGAGGUCGUCAUACUGUUCCCCUACCCAAAAACGAAGACGUUCUUCCAAACCUGGGCGAGUCACGGGACAUCGCAUUCCGACGUCUUCUCGGAACGGAACGGAGAUUGGCAAGGGACGCCAACUUACGGGACCAAUACAUCGGAUUCAUGGACGAGUACCUGAAACUGGGACACAUGCGCAAGGUCGAAGAAACUACGGAGGGACCGGUCAAACGGUGUUAUCUUCCCCAUCACCCGGUGGUCAAGGAGGCGGGUACCACCACCAAGAUCAGAGAAGUCUUCGACGCCUCGUGGCCAGUUGUGCAGGAAGAUUUGAGGUCAAUUAUCCUACGCAGUCGGAUGAAGCAGAUUCUCCUCGUAUCGGACGUCGAGAAGAUGUUCCGACAAAUCCAUACGUGGCUCAAGGAUCGACCACUCCAGUCCGUAGUCAGCAGCAACACACUGGCGGUACUAAGCCAACCGGUAUUUCCCAAUCAGUGUUGGAGUUGGCGGAUCAUCUCCACUGCCGAAUAUCGAAGGAGAUACACACCACUGAAGAAGGAAAUACUACAGAGUCAACAGAAUCUACUGAAGUCACAAGUGAAACUCCUGCAGAAGAAUCGACCACUGAAGAAGGAAGUACUACAGAAUCAACAGAAUCUACUGAAGUCACAAGUGAAACUCCUGCAGAAGAAUCGACCACUGAGGAAGGAAGCACUACAGAAUCAACAGAAUCUACUGAAGUAUAUUGGAAUGUCUAUAAUUUCUACGCAUGAUGCUCAUAUGUCCUCUAAGAUCACCUUCAAGGAAGUUCUGUGA